AUGCCGUAUUUGUACAAUGUGCUCAGCAAAAACCAAGUUGUACAAGACAGCAACCGGGGUCUCUUGGUUGAGACACUUCGAUCAAUUGCAGAAAUACUCAUCUGGGGAGAUCAAAAUGACUCCUCUGUGUUUGACUUCUUCUUGGAGAAAAACAUGCUUUCCUUCUUUCUGCGGAUUAUGAAACAGAAAUGUGGGAGCUAUGUGUGCGUUCAGCUUCUGCAGACCCUCAACAUCCUGUUUGAAAAUAUUAGAAAUGAGACUUCACUAUAUUACCUGCUCUCCAACAACCAUGUUAACUCCAUCAUUGUCCAUAAAUUUGACUUCAGUGAUGAGGAGGUGAUGGCAUAUUAUAUAUCCUUCCUCAAGACACUUUCUCUGAAGCUCAAUGCUCACACCAUACACUUUUUCUAUAAUGAACACACAAAUGACUUCCCUUUGUAUACAGAAGCUAUCAAGUUUUUCAACCACCCUGAAAGUAUGGUGCGAAUUGCUGUGCGCACACUAACUUUAAACGUGUAUCGUGUCAAUGAUCAGUCCAUGCUUCAGUUUAUAAGGGAUAGAACAGCAGCUCCAUACUUCUCCAAUCUUGUCUGGUUCAUAGGAAACCACAUACUAGAGCUAGAAAAUUGUGUCCGCAGUGAUGUCGACCACAACAGUCGAGGGCGUCUAGCUGACCUGGUAGCAAGAACACCUAGACCACCUUCACUAUCUCAAUGAUAUCCUAAGACUGGAUAUUACAGCCUUAAAUGUUGUCUUAGCAGAUCAUUUGCUAAAUCGACUACUUGUACCACUGCUAGUAUAUUCUCUUAAUCCAAGACAGGAAA